UCCCUCCCAUUAAAACAAACCCAACAUUCCCGAACCCUAGGUUUCACUUCACAUCACAGCCGCUGAGACCACAGAUCACUGGACCAUGACGACACGAUUCAAGAAGAAUCGGAAGAAGCGAGGCCACGUGAGCGCCGGACACGGCCGCAUCGGAAAGCACCGGAAACACCCCGGCGGCCGCGGAAACGCCGGAGGUAUGCACCACCAUCGAAUCCUCUUCGACAAGUACCACCCUGGUUACUUCGGCAAGGUGGGCAUGAGGUAUUUCCACAGGCUCCGUAACAAGUUCCACUGCCCCAUUGUCAACGUGGACAAGCUCUGGUCGAUGGUACCCCAAGACGUCAAAGACAAGGCGGAUCAGAAAAAUGUUCCAAUGAUCGAUGUGACUCAGUUCGGGUAUUUUAAGUUGCUUGGAAAAGGGGUUUUGCCCAGUGAUCAACCGGUGGUGGUGAAGGCCAAGCUUGUGUCCAAGAUUGCUGAGAAGAAGAUUAAAGAGGCUGGUGGUGCCGUUGUUCUCACCGCUUAGGUUUGCAUUCUUUAAGAGAAUUUUCUUUUUAAAAUUUUGUUUUCGACUCUAUUUGGAUUUGCUGAAGUAGUAAUCUUAUCUCAUCAGAUAUGUUUUAUAAUGUGUUUUCAGCAAAUUUUCUUGUUGAUUUCAUUUGAUGGUUUACUUGAGAUUUUGGAUAGAACCGCAACCAAACACGUUUUCUGUUUCAAAUUUUUAC